GCUCCUGGUUCCCCUGUGACCCUGAAAAGGAGUAAGCAGUUGAAGAUGGAUGGAUGAAUGAUAAUGAUCUUGAACUUGACCUAAGAGUAAUAUUAUGUAUCUUUUUGACCUUUGACUUAGACCUGUCAAAAAUAAGGUUACAAUAUAUACAAACUAUCUCUCUCUUUUAGUCAAUGCAAAUGACCUGGCCACUACUGUUUACAGUUUACAACAGCUGCUUCUUUGGAUGUUGCUUCAUACUUAUUGGCAUUCUCAAAGAGGCUGUCAGUGGUGUGUUGCAACUUGCGGGUAACAGGUGGAGCUGUCUGGCUAUGGGCAGCAUGGUUCUGAUUAUGAAAAAGAUCAGCACAGAAUUCACCAGACUUGUGUCGAUGGACCUGAGCAAGUCCUUUUAUGAGAGUCUUGACAAAUAUGACUCAAAGCUGCUGUAUUUGUACCACUCAAGGCACUAUGCAGACAUCGCAGAAAUGAGUGCCAUACUGGAGAGCCUGGAUAAAAAUGCAUCAAAUCACAGGAAGAGGGUUGCAGUACUUCUGGGACUGCCACUGUACAUGCAGGAGAAUCCAUCUCACUUCUUAAUGUUCUGUGAGCACACAGAUUCUGAAGAAGAGAUAAUCAAGGGCAUGACUGUUGGAAUCAUUACAGUUGUGGAUGAUAUGAUGGACCCUAUUCUGUGUGACUGCAGUGAUGUAGCGCUUGUAAUCGAAGUUGUUAUUGUUCUACGCAAUAUUGGUGAUGUACCAAAUACAUUUGUCAACUUGAUGGGAUUGCUUUAUGCACUUAACAUAAACUACUCCCAAAACUUCAAAUACACCUUUGAGGUCAUUCAGAGGCUGUUCAUGAACAUUGGAGCUGAUGCCUGCAAUGUAUGAGUACAUUCACUUAAAAAUAAACUGCUGAAGUAGAGAUAGGUGUUAUGCAUUUCUUGUAAGAGAAAUGUCAUGUGUUGUUGUGUUAUGUGAAUGUUACAGUUUCUAUGCCUCAACAGCAUGAUUUCAGUUUUGUUUUAUAUUUUCACCUUUAAACACUGGGAAACUGAAAUGUAAUUUUGUUAGGCAAAAAACAGAUUUCUGCUUGCAUUUUCUGUUUAUUUUGAGAAAUUCAUGUAAUAUAAUUUAUUUAUUUUUUGUCUCUCAAAUUGAUCUUA